ACUUCUGGCAGGUACACGUUUGGGGAGCCAGUGCGAGGUAAUCUCACACUGGAAGUGAGCAAUGCACAGAGCAGAAACUGCCGGGUAGCUGUCAACAAAACUGACUCUAUCUCUGGGUGUAGAGAGGUGGAGGUACAUUCAGAAGAGAUCCGGAUGAUAGACUGCAGUGUGAACACAGUGCAGGUGAAGGCUAUAGUUAGUGAGGAGGGCACCGGGGUGCUUCUCACAGACACUUCCCAUGUCACAGUCUCCAGAAGAGCUCUCACCUUCCACACUGUGUACGAAGAUGACUACAUGAAGCCAAAUCUUCCUUACACCUUAAAGGUGAAAGCUGAACUUCCAGACAAGACUCCAGCAGUUGGCGCCGCAAUAGAGAUGUGUGCCGCUGAACGCUGCUCUAACCUUACGGUGCCACAAAAUGGCAUCAUCACAGCUAUACUUUUCUCGCCAACUGCCAAACGAUUCACAAUGAAGGCGGGCAGCCUCCGCGCCGUCAUGGAAAGUACCACCUUCACCAACACCAUUGAGCAUUAUUACUCUCCGUCCAACUCUUCCCUGCUGAUCCACGCUCCGGAGGGUCGUCUCAAAUGUAACCCGGGAGUAUCGUACGAGCACCGCCUACCUGUACUCUUCUCGUCUGCUGGCCAGACCAAGGUGGCAAUUACUGUCCAGGUGAGCCACUACCCUCGUCUACCUUCCCGUAUUCUAAAAGCAUUUCUCCUGCAACCUCCCUAUGGGGCCAGUGUGGAGCUAUUGAACCAGCAAAGUGAUCCCUUCUCUAUCGAGGCUCUAUUUAGCCAUAUUCAGUACUACCAGAUCAGCAUCUGGAGCCGCGCUCAGGUUGACGACUACAACUACUGCAGGAACCAACUGGGUUCCAGGGAAGAAACUUCAGCUGAAUACUACACCAACUAUGUGGACGCACUUAAGAUGUUUGAUAAAUCCGGUUUGUUCAUCUUUUCCAAUCUGAAAGUGGAAACAAGGCCGUGUGAGAAGUCAGACUAUCACAUUUCAGUUAUUAAUCGCGUCCACUACGGCUCGGGUGGUGUAUCUUCCUUUUCACAAAAUCGUUUUGGUGGAGAAGUAAUGAAGUUCGCUGCUCCACAGUACGACUCGCUGGACGAAAGCUCACCAGCUGGUACAACUGGGGAUUCUCCUCGCACCUACUUCCCUGAGACCUGGUUGUGGGACCUGUUUGUAUUACCGUCUGAUGGUAUAAGCAGCAAAGAGGUAACCAUGCCAGAUACCAUCACACAGUGGGUGGGCAAGGCAGUGUGUGUCCACCCACAAGAAGGUCUGGGCGUGUCUCAGAAGUCUAAUAUAACCGCUUUUACCUCAUUCUUCGUCGACCUCACGUUGCCACCCUCCAUCAAACGAGGAGAAACGCUUCCAGUUAAAAUUUCCAUCUUUAACUACCUCGAGGAUCCGUUACCAAUUUCAGUGACUUUACUGAAUAGUUUUAAGUACGAAAUCUUGACAUCUGACACGGAAGCACCAGGUCAUCACACGACAUGUGUAAACGCCCAGAGCAAGAUAGUGCACACAGUGAAGAUCAAGCCUUCUGUCAUUGGCAGUGUUAACAUCACUGUGGCAGCAAAGGUGGAUCAUCAGUCCACUCAGACGUGUGGCCCAAGAGACUCAACUGUUUCAAAGAGUGACACUUUGAUCAGGGCCAUUGAUGUGGAAGCUGAGGGCUUCCCUAGGGAGAACGCUUGGACAAAAUAUGUUUGCGCCAGAGAUAUCAAAGCUGGCACAGACUCUUUGGAGUCUUGGGAAGUUGUUGCUCCACCAGCUAUUGUGGAGGGCUCAGAGCGAGGCUGGAUCACUGCUGUGGGUGACCUACUCUCUCUUUCACUGGAGAAUCUGGAUUCGCUAAUCCGCAUGCCAAGCGGAUGCGGAGAACAGAAUAUGCUUAAGUUUGCCCCCAAUAUCUUCAUCCUCCAGUACUUAAAAGCAACUAAACAAGACAACCCAGAGGUCACCAAAAAACUUGCAGACUACAUGAAUACAGGUUAUCAGCGUCAACUCCUGUACCGUCGUAAUGAUGGCUCCUUUAGUGCCUUUGGGAAAGCUGAUGACUCUGGCUCAACUUGGCUCACUGCGUUUGUCCUUAAGUCUUUUGCUCAGGCCAAGUCUUUUAUAUUGAUUGAUGAGGAAAGUCUCACAAAAACCCAGUCUUGGCUGCUUGGAUCACAAAAUUCAACUGGGUGCUUCUAUUCAAUAGGAAAAGUCUUCAAUAAAGGCAUGAAGGUAGGUAUAGAUGGCCAGAGUUCCCCGGUUUUCCCCUUUAAGCAAGUUAGAGUUCAUCGAAAAUGUUUGCAAAUUCAUUUGCAUACAUUAUUUUCAGCUAAAAAUGCAGCAUUAUCAGUUGAGACUGCAGGAUAUGCUGUCCUAGCUAUGAUGGCCAGUGACAGCAGACUGUACGAACAAAAGGCAAGGAAAGUGAUUAAAUGGAUCUCCACGCAGAGAAAUGGAAGAGGUGGCUUCUACUCCACGCAGGAUACAGUUGUUGCCCUUCAAGCUCUCUCAAGCUACGAGACUCGUUUCUAUGAGGGUGAUUUAAACAUGGUCGCCACAGUAAACGCAAGUGGUUUUGAUUAUUCUUUCACAGUGGACGAAAGCAACAAAUUCUUGACUCAGCUAAUGCCACUACCCGACCUUCCAACCAGAAUCAGUCUUAAUAUAGUGGGUCAAGGCUGUGUCAUGGUUCAGUCUGUUAUCAGGUACAAUGUUCCUGAGCCUGAAGCAAGCGACGCCUUCAAGCUAACAGUCAACACACACACAGAACCUGACAAGAACUGCAUCACAAAGCGUAUUAAAGCUUGCGCCACUUACCUACUUCCUGAUGGCAAGUCUAACAUGGCCGUCAUGGAGGUCAAACUCGUCUCUGGCUAUGUACCUGAAAAACUGGACCUUAAACAAAUCACUAGAGAUGUAACUGCCAUAAAAAAGUAUGAAGUGGACGGCAGCAAAGUGGCCUUUUACAUUGACGAGUUGACACCAACAGAAGUGUGUGCAAGCUUCCGUAUCCUGCGGGAAGUGGAUGUAGAGCAUACCAAGCCAGGAACUAUUGUGCUCUAUGACUACUAUCAGCCAGAGUUCUCUGUUGAUGAGACCUACAGGCUUCCCUUACCUACUGACUGCAUCUAUGCUUGGUGAGGCAUGUACACGUUCCAUCUCCAGUCUAGUGGUGUUGCCUUUCAUACAAGAAAUGUGGACAUUUGUAACUUAUAGCCUGUGCUUACCUCUAAGUACAAAACUAAUUUGCAAUAUAAAUCAAAUUUUAUUAGUAAAAUGACAUCUUUAUCUACAUGAAGAUAUUCAAUUAAAAAGUGAAAUGUGUAGUCAAAAUUGAAACGUGCAAAUGCAGAACAAUGUUUUGCUCUUGUAACUUUUUUUUUGUUUAAAGUCAAUAAAACAAAUAAAAAUAAACAAACGGGUAAUUACACACGUUCAUGCCCCCCACAGCCAUAUUAACUGUACACCUUAACUUUCACAUGGUAUAUAUCUAUCAUGUAUCAGAAAUAAAUGUGCCUGCAUAAUGAUAAAUUACUAGUAAUUAGGAACUUUAGUAAUACAAAAUGUUAUAAGGUACUGUUUAUAUUUUGAUAUUGAAAAAUCACAAACCAUACCUUUACAAUGUAUAUUGAGGAUUAACACAAUAAAACUGCAUUUUGCUGGCAAGAAA